GGCCAGAAGCGACGUGGCACUAAAACCGUCUGUCCAUCCAUCCAUCCAUCCAUGCAUCACGUGCUACUUGAUGCAUUGUAGCUACUUGAUGCAUUGUAAGCGUCCAUCGAUUGAUUCAUCAGCCAGCCGUCUUGACUCGACUGUGUCAGUCUCCCUCCCAUGCAUGGCAUUGCAACCAGCAGCCCACCCAGGCAAUUGGAUAGCACAUCGGGUAUGCAGGAAUUCCUCAGCCACGUCAAGAACCGCCCGCCACAAAUACCAACCAUACUACGCACCGAGACCGUCUCCUCCUGCGCCCGACUCUCGGUGCCCGACGAACGACACCACAGCCGCCUACGUGUCUGGCCUCCACUCACUCACAGAGCGGUGGGGCCGCCCGUGUGAGUGGCCAUCAUCACCAUGUGUGGCUGCAGCGCACCGAAGAUGGGCUGGCCGAUGGUCGCAUAGGGAGGCCUGGGCGGGGGUGCGAAGGCAUGCAUGACAUGGGGCGGCUGCGGGGCGGCUGUAGGAGGGAAUCGCUGCUGCUGACGUUGGUGAUGGUGUCGUGAUUGCGAUGAGAGUGUGGCUGGGAGGCGCAGGUCGGGAACGCGUCGCGGCAUGGUGGCCGAUGAUGCACCAUGGGCAUCAAAAGGGGGCGGUGACAGUAACCGGUGGGACGACGAAUGCCGGUGGCCGCUCAUCAACACACCAACAGCACCUGCCACACACAAUGCACACACACAGAGAGACAGAUGAUUUCUAUAUUGCGACCUUAUUCCUUUCCCUCUCUCGACAUUGAUUGCAUCCUUACGUUUGUCGGUAUCCCAUCCACUGGGUGUCUGCGCCUGCUGCAGCUUGAGCUUGAGUGCGUUGGCGGGCGUCAGGGGGCCGCACUUGGGGUGGUGCACAUGGUGCUCGGCAAAGGUGUGGUGGACGACCGGCGGGGUGCCUUUGCCGUUCCACAGCCGAGCCCCCACCCUGUCGGCCUCCAAAUCAACAUCUGCGCCCUCCCCAACCACCGGCAGGCGCGUCUUGGCCACGUCAAAUGACGGCGGCUCGUUAGCGAUGCGCGUCAUGACAAUCGACAGCCGCGGGCCGUAGGCUCUCUUGACCACUGGGGCGGUCUUCUGACGGUGGUCUUGUGUGAAUGCGAGUGUCUUGGGCGCGUCCGAUUCUGUUGGGGCGGUGAAGGGGCGGAGGGCUUCGGUGUCGGAUGCCCUCAUCAUGCCGGCCACCGCAGCAAGACGGUCACCUCGACCACCUGCACGACACACACACAUGCGCCAGUGACACACACGAAUGUGUGUUCGCGUCUUCCCCCUCCCUCCUUCUCUCCCUCCCUCCCUCUCUCACCUCCUGUGCGGAUGCCGACACCUGGUCCGAUCAUCGCGGCAUUCUCACCGCCAUGACCCCUCUCAACACCAACAGCACCAUCGGCUGUCUGUGGCGGGGAGGGCCGCUUUCUCCGACCAGCUGCACUAGCUGUGACCGAUCGCUGCUUAGAGGUCUUCUUGGCCACAGUGGCGGCCGCCAUGUUGCUGUCGUCAGUCGUGUCGGCCGCCCGCUGUUUCGUGGCGCGUGCCGUGACGUCUGUGUGAGCGUCUGUGGGGGGCGUGGCGAUGCGACCGUCGACGCUGACGCCGUCUGCACGUGAAGCCACCCUGGCGCCAGGGCUAGUGGAGAUGGCUGCAGCAGGGGAAGCCUUGUGCCCCAGAACCGCCCCAAUGCUCGCACCGCGGCCACCACUAGUCGACGCCUGACAUACACACACGGCACACAGACAGACAGACAGACAGAUAGGGCGAUGGGGGGCUGUCUUUGUUUGUGUAUGUUUGUGAGGUCUGCCUGUACACCUGCUGCUGUCUCCUGCCGUUGGUGAAAUGCGAUCCGCCAGCGGAUGGCCACCGGCCUUCGCCUCUGCUGGCGCCCCCACGCAUGGCACGGCCCUGGUGGAUGCAGGAACACCGAGGGCACGGCACCCACACACGCCCACAUAUGGGUGAGUGAGUGUCUCGUGUGUUUCCAAUGUCUGUCUGCCCCACGUAACGUACCAGAAUCUGCGAUUUGUCGCUGACCACUCGGGCAGCCCCUGCCACCGGGACACCGCCAGCAGGGAUCGUGGGGGGCACUGGGGGAGCCUUGCCCUACAGAUGCGAUGCGUGUGAACACACAGAUGUAUGUCUAUCUGUUUGUGUGGGUGAGUGGUCAGCUUACAGGUCUUGUGGGUAGUCUGAACCCUUUGUGAUCGUGCGAGAGGUAUGCGGCAGCCUUGAGGUGCUGUUCGCAUGCCCGAAUCACACGUAUCAGCUCCGCUCUGUCAUCUGCAUCCCCCCAUUCGCGCGGUUGGCAUCAGAUACGCACAUGUGAUGUGGGCGAAAUGCCAUCCAUCGAUUGUCCAUUGUGCACGCUUGCGUACGUUCGAGCCCUUCGUUCUCCCGCUGUAGACUGUCCCUCUCACUCUGCAGCGCUGCCAUCUGCACACACAUAGGCGAGGGAGGGGGAGAGUGAAAGUGAUGACAGGGAUCUUCUCGGCAUAUGACGGGAUUCACCUGUUGCAGCCAUGUGCUGCGCUCGUCGUCCUGGCUGCGGCGAGCGACCUCCUGCAUGGCAUUGUUGCUGCACACCGACACACCACACCGGACAAAGGACGCGUGAUGCGUGGCAUGUUAUGUGUGAUCUGGCUUGCUGCGAUGUCAGCUUACACGUUGAGCAUGGCCGAGUAGUCCCCGGUAUGGCUGAGCUGGUCCUCCUGCAUCUUUGUCAGCUCCUGCCGCCCCGCCGUCUGUGUGUCGGCGGCGUGUGUGUAUACCUGCUGCUCGGCCAUCUUGCGCAGGUUCGCGGCCUCCUCAGCCAGCCGGUCGGCACGCACCUGAUCGACGGACGGAAUGGCCAACACGGAGAGAACACACACCCCACAAUGACCACAAUGACCGUGUGACGACUGUGGGGUGAUGUCUGUGCGUGGUGUCAUGGGAGACACCCCCGCCCCAUCUCACCUGUUCUCUGUCGAGCGUUUCGUCGACCCUGCGGACGACGGCCGUCACCUCGGGCGGCAAAGCGCAGUCGGACAGCAAAUGCGCCAAAUCAUCAUCUGCACAGAUGCACACACACACAGACACACACACAGACACAGACACAUAGAGGUGGAAUGACUAUCUGUCGGGGCGUUGAGUGUGCCGUCUGCCCCUCUCCUCACCCACCCACCUGUGGGUAUGUCGUCCUGACCGCCAUCCAGGUCCGCGUUGGCCGCAGCCGCCUUCUCGAGACUUUCCUGCGUGAGGCAGGGCACGUCGUGACACCAACCAACAUGACACACAAUCGAAUGCACAGACGGGUGGCUCACCUUUUCCUCCGUCAAUUUGGCGUAGUUGUCUUGCAGUGCCUUCAGCCGGGCCUUCAGAGCCUCAUACUCCUCCUUGAUUACCUGCCCUAAGCCGAGUGGCUCCUCCUCCUGCACGCACGCAACACAACACACAACACCAAACACACAGCCGACAUCCAUCAGAUCCAUUGGGUGUGCUGUGCUGUGCUGUGUUGCGGUAUGCUGUCUGACCGCGUCAUUGAGUUUGUGCCUCUCCGCCUCCUGCAGCUUCCCCUUUGCGAUGUCCUGCACACACCAGACAGACAGGACGGCGCCCAUGCCAUCCACUCCACGUCAUGCAUCCAUCUCUCUGGUCGUCUCGCCCUAGCGUAGCGUAGCGUACCAGUUCCCGCUGCUGCUUGCCGAUGGUGGUGCGGAGGACGUGCUCGAGUUUGAACCACUCAUCCGCCGCCUUGGCAGCCGCCUCGUCCUUGGCGGCAAGCACCUUGGCCUACACAAAACAUCACAACACAAGUUACACAUUGGAUGGCUGGAUGGCUGUGCGAUCACCUACCUUGUCGUCGUCAAUGGCUUUAAGUUGCUCCCUGAGGCUGGUGAUUGACUGCUCCUGCAUGUGGUAGAUGUCCUUGAGCGAGUCGUGCUGGCUCUUGAUGAGGGCAUACUUCCGCUUGUAGAAGCGCGCCGUGCCCCCGUUCACGCCGUCGCCGGCUGCGCCCACAUGACCGUCAUCGCCCUCCUGCCCAGCCCACAACAUAUCACACACACACACACACACACAGAGAGAGAGAGAGAGAGCGGUCCCAGCCAGCCUCUUUGCGUGGUGCUGUGUGUACCUGUCUGUCGGUGGUGUCCUGCCGUUUGUGUGUGCUGGGGGCUGCCAGAGCACCAACGUCGCCAUCACCAUUUUUGCCGUCACCCCCACUGCUGCCACUGCUGCUGCCUCCCUUGCCUGCAGCACCGCCAACACCGGCAGGCUGAGCCGCUCCGGCUGCUGCCGCCGCCACUUGGUCUCGUGGGUAGUUGCGAUCACGCUCCUGAGGACAGACACCACACACAGACAGACCCCCACUCAUGAGUGUGUUGGUGGCUAUGUGGGUGGGGUGAGUGACGGACGGCCUGUUUGCGUACCUCGUGUACUUCCUUCAAGUUGAGCUUGGGGAGGCCUGGCGGGGGCAAAGAGGGGCUCCGCUGAUGGCGACUGGGGUGGACCGGGUGUGGGAGGAAAUGGACCUGAAGACACACACACACACACACGCACACACACGCACGGUUAGCGGUAUGCUGCACCGCGUCAAUGUCUGGAUGUCUGUCUGUGUGCAGUGAGUGCCCACAUCCUCAAACUCUUCCUCGUCAUCGGCUUCGUCUGCCGGGCGGUGUCGACUGUCUGGUUGACCAACACAACACCCAUAGCCAAUCACACACACACACACAGACAGACAGACAGACGGGCAGAGGUGAAAUACGCGUCGAUGAUCCAUCCGUCAGUGAGAGAGUUAUGCGCACCACUGAGUGGCUCCAGACGAUGUGGUGAGGCCAUCAAGACUCCAGCUAGACGCCCUGGCCUCGUAUCGUCGCUGCAGCCAGCAAACACAACAGCCAGCCAGAUGAUUGACGUGCGUCUCCACGGGGGAUGGGAUGAGGGUGGGGGGGUGCCGUGUGUACCUUGUUCUCUUGCUAGUGCGUUUGCGUAGCUGGUCAAUCUCAGUCGCCUUAUCGAGGAUGUCCUCAGCCUGGCGGCUGAUCUUGCUCUUGAGAUGCCGCUCGUGCAACCUGGUGACACACACACCACACCGCACACAAACAUUUAAAUGAGGGCUAUGUGUGUGUGUGUGGCUUAGCUGACCGUGCUGCUCUGAGCUGCUUCUCCGUGGCCUGCUGGCGGUCCUGCAUCCUCGCCACCUCCUGCAAAUGCCAGCCACGUACACAACACAACCACAGACAAGACACAAAGUGGACUCACCGACCCAACCUGGCUGUGUUAUCUUCUCUCUGUCUGCCUGUCUGUGUGCCUCUCGAAUGGCUGUAAGUCCACCUCCCUCCCUCAUUUGUCUGGUCUGGUCUAACAGACCCACUCACUCACCUCCUGUGACGCCUUCUCGGCCUCCUGCCGCAUGGCCGUCGCCCGAUGCUCCUCCUCCAUCCGAUGCUGCCGCUGCUGCCGGGAGGGGACGGGCAGCCCGGGGGCUCUGGUGUGGUUGUGGUCCUCCUCACCGCUACCGUCCUCCUGCAUGGGAUGUGCGUCGGAACAAAUGAGGACGGGGAAGCGAAACAAUGAGUGAGUGAUGCAGUGACUGCAUGCCAUCGCUUGCCUGGUGCCCUGGCGGGAAUUCGCCCAAUCCUAUCGCCUCUAGCGAUGUGUAUCUCUUCAUCCCUGUUUGUUCUGGGGGAAC